AUGGGAUGGUUCUGGGGCAACGCGUCGAGCAAUGACGACCCGACGAAGAAGCUAGAUCCCGAACUACGGGAGUAUCUAGAGAGAGAGACUCCAGCAACAUACGUUCCUACUACCCUCCCAUCGCCCCCCGAAGCUACUUCUCCCGAUCCUCAGCCUCCCUCUCCACCCUCGAAUGCAGCCGCUUCCACUGAGAGCCAGCCCAGCGUGCCCUCCGCCUCUCUAUUCCCUGACGGCAGGUACGCCUACCUCUGGAAGAACUACCAGCCCCUCGAGCAGCUGGAAGGCCCAGAAAUAUCUCCAGCUGAGAAGGUGGUUGAUCAAUUCAAGAAGAGAAAAGAUGUUUUGAACAGAGCCGCGUUAGAAAACUGUGCUGAGGAACAUAUCCGGCUUACGAACUGUUUCAAGGAUGGCGAUGUACAGCAGAGGAUGUGGGCUCGGAUGACUAUGUGUUCGAAACAAAAUAGGGAGUUUUCAAGAUGCUAUACAAUGCAAGCUAAGUUUUUACAGGCCCUUGGCUACGGUGCACAAUUCGACUGGGACCGAGAACGAGAAGAAAAGAUCCAGAUGCAUGCAGACAAACUGUACCACCAGAUGCUGGACUAUGAAGCCCAAGUAGAAGAAGCGAAAGCCAGCGGCGCUGAACCUCCCCCUCUAAAAUCACUAUUCAAUCCCAAAGCGGCGGCAUCGUCGCCUGUACCAUCGAGUAAUGAUGGAGACGCAUCGCAGAAAGCCGAAGUACCGGGAGGUGCCCAGUUACCACCGGGUAUGAAGCCACCGAAACCCCUCGAUGAGCUGACACCACAUGAGCGAGAACUGGAGAUUAUGGUCCUUCAGCAACAGAUGGUACAACGAGAUUUGUACCUUGAGGAAGUGUCGCCUUUGAUCAAGGCUGACGAGGAGGGGAAAGCAAAGCGACGCGCCAAGUAUACUAGCUGGUUUGGUGAAACCGUGGGAAAAUGGCUUGCAUGA